UGGGCCUCUGCUCAUCACUUUAUUAGUUACAUCGUGUCUAUAGUCAGAACAGACUGGAGUUACUGUAGGCUUGUGUUGACAGCUCAGACAUACUCAUGAUGAACUGAUGGAGGAGCUCAGUGUCAAAGUGGUCGUUGCAGAGGCAGUCAAUGGAGGGACAGACAUCUCUCAGAUUUCAUCUAAAAGAUUUUCACUUGUGUUUCGAAGAUGAACAACAUGAGGUUCAGGGCUUAGAAAUGGACCCUUCUCUUCUUGAAUCUCCUUUGUCGUCCCCAGCAUCACCUGUCCCCACAGCGUUCUCUGCAUCUGGGCACACCAUUCAUCCAGGUUCCGCAUCUUCAAAGCUGAGCUCCUACCCUUCAGCAAUGACUCCACCCCCACACCUUGCCUCAAAGACAGGUCGAUCCCAGCUGAAUGCAGCCAGCAAUUCCCACACUGCCUUUCCAAGACAAUCAUCUUUUCCUCCACAGGGGGAAAUCCCAGAGGAGCUAAGCAUUGAUGAUCUUAAACAGAAGGCAAAGAAUGGGGAUGCCAAAGCACAGACAGAGAUUGGUAGAUAUUACCUGAGAUUAGCCGAGCAAGAAGACGAAGAAGUAAAUUCUGUCACCGCGGUAACAUGGCUACUCCAGGCGGCGAAAAAUGGACGGAAAGAUGCAGUGAAACUGCUACAGCGCUGCCUGCAUGACAGGAGGGGCAUCACAGCUGAGAACAGAGAGGAGGUGUGUUCCCUGGCAUGUGAAUCUCGUUUUCAGCGCAGUGUAAGGAAAGCAGCUCUGCUCAUGUACUGGAAACUCAAUCCAGAGAGGAAGAAAAACAUCACUGCCUCUGAACUUCUGGAAAAUGUCAGCCAGCUCAACACUGAGACAGGGUCGACUGUAAAUAUCUUUAGAACAUAUGUUGUGUGUCCUGCUCCUCCAGAUGGUGCUCCCAGCAGCCCUCUCUCAAGCCCAGCACAGAAACAAAAAAAAAUUUUGGAGAGUUUGGUCUCAAGAGAUGGGGCUGGAUAUGUAGGUGUAGAAGAGUUUGUUGAGAAUACUAAACAAUACGCUGAGGGUAUUUCACCAACACCUGCCAUGGAAGCAGGAGGGGAUGAUGAUGAUGACGAUGAUGAAGGGCCAGUAAAGAACCCCGAUGAACUGCCUUUGCAUCAGAAGGUGUUGAAGUUUCCCCUUCAUGCAGUGUUGGAGGUGAAAGAGGUGUUGAUUGACUGGGCAUCCCGUGCGGGCAUGCAGUGGAUUAGCGCCCUCAUACCUACUCAUCACAUCAAUACCCUCAUCUUCUUCUUCAUCAUCUCCAACCUAACCCUAGAGUUCUUUGUCCUUGUCAUUCCUCUUAUUAUAUUCUACCUAUCUUUUGUGUCAAUGGUAAUCUGUACUCUCCGAGUCUUUCAGAACAGCAAGGCAUGGGAGAACUUUCGAGCGUUGACGGCCAUGUUGUCUCAUUUUGAGCCAGGCAUAGACCUUGAGCAGGCAGAGUCAAACUUCACAUGGAACCACCUUGAGCCAUACCUCUACUUCCUCCUUUCUUCACUUUUCCUCAUCCUUUCGUUUCCCGUCGCAGACAAGUCCUGGUUGCCAUGUUCGGAACUGGCUACGGUUGCAGUCUUCUUCACUGUAAGCGGCUACUUAAGCCUGCGACCAGCAGCGCAGCAGCAUUCCAAACUUGCUCUGCUCUCCCAGGUUGCCUCCGCCAUUUCUGCGUUAAUGAAUCAGUUGCUGGGAGGCUGGGUGGGUCGAAUAGUUGGUGGCGCUUGGUUCAACAUGCACCUUGGCGACUGGUUGGUACUGCAUGUGGGUGUGCCUUGUUUUCUGUAUUUUUACCUCCUGUAUUUGUGUACCCGAAUGGCCACAGCAGGUGGUGCACGUGGCACCUACUGUGUGCUGCUGCCCUACCUGGUGUGCUUCAUCUGGUGUGAACUGUCUGUCACGCUGUUGCAAGAGUCUACUGCAUUGGGGCUAAUGCGCACAGCUGUGGGCUACCUCCUUUUCUUCUUUGCUUUGCCGGUACUAUCGCUGGCUCUAGCAGCCAUAAUGCUGGUGCAGCUGGUGCAAUGGUUCCUCGCCCUGGAACUGACCAAAAUGGUUGUAACAGUGUGUGUUUUUGUGCUGCCUGUCUUGUUGCACUGGUGGACACGUUUUAGUGUGUCGCCUUUGGCAGUUCUGCACUUUUUGCGGCGUAGCAGCGUGGUCAAGUUGAUCCUUGUGUGGAUUUCAGCUCUGGUGCUCUUCAGCUGGUUCUAUGUGUACCGUUCUGAGGGGAUGAAGGUAUACAACUCCACCUUGACUUGGCAGGAGUACAGCGACCUGUGUGGCCCUCGUGCUUGGAAGGAGCAUAACAUGGCACACGCCCAGAUCCUCUGCAGCCACUUGGAGGGACACCGGGUGACAUGGGAGGGUCGGUUUAAGUACGUUCGCGUCACUGAGAUCGAGAAUGGAGCGCAAGCUGUCAUCAACCUUCUGCCGGUUUUUAUAGCAGACUGGGCCCGAUGUCUAUACGGUGAGGAGUACCCUGCCUGUGAUGAGACCCAGCCGGGACCCGCUGAACCGCUGUGUCAGCUCAAGGCGCUUGCAAAGCAUAAGUGCCAUGUCAAACGUUUUGACCACUACAAGUUUGAAGUGACCAUGGGGAUGCCGCAGAAGGGGCGCAAUGGGGCACAAGAUUUUGAUGAUGCCACCAAAGACAUUGUACUUCGGGCUAGUAGUGAAUUCAGACACGUCCUAUUGGCACUCAGCUCAGGCAGUAUGGUGGAGUUUAGCACGGUACUUGAAGGUAGACUGGGCAGCAAAUGGCCAGUGUUUGAACUCAAGGCCUUGCACUGCAAGACAUGUGCCUCACCACUUGUACCAAUACGACGACAGGUCAAGAUUGAGCAGGACUGGAGGGUUAAAGCCCGAAAUGCCUUUGCUUUUGCUUUCAAUUUCCUGUUCCACCCUCUGCUUUCGGCUGAGGUAGACAUUACAGUAGCUACUACAGAAGUAUCUGUGUGAAGCUAGUGGUUGACCAUUGGCAUACACUUCAGUAUUAGAAAAGAAAACUGUUGAGAUUUGAUAAAGUGCUUUUGAUAAAAGCGCUAUUAAAACGGCAAA